CCUCUCCGUCUGUUUUUAACGCGCUCUGUGGACUGAGGCUGCCUCAGAGAUAUCUGACUCCCUCCAGCAUAUCUUUGGGCACAGCUUUAAAGAUGCUCCUUUGCAACUUGCUUCAGUCCGUUACCCUUCGGAUGUCUUAACUGCCUUUUUCCAUAUUUUCGGUUUUUUACUUCAAGGUGAGAAUAUAACGUACAAGGUGGCACUGAGCUUUUACGCAUGGAGGUUGGAAUCAGUCUGUCAGAAUUUACGCAGAACUGUUACUGAAGAUGCAAACGGGUUUAUGAGACCUUUUAAGGGCUUGAAGAAGGGCUUUAAAAGAGAGCAACAAUGCGAGGGACUGAGUUGCUGCUCGGCUACUUUCUGGUUAAAGUUCUGGUGUGUGACGCGGAGGGCGAGCUGGAUCAAACCGCGGAUGACUUCAUGAUAUUAACCGGGUUCAACGAGUCAGCGGAGGGGGAGAGCGCAUCCACGGAGACUCCGCACACGGAGGAGAAGUGUCGUGGCUAUUACGACGUGAUGGGUCAGUGGGACCCGCCGUUCGUGUGCAGGACGGGCAGCUACCUGUACUGCUGCGGCACCUGUGGCUUCAGGUUCUGCUGUGCGUUCAAAAAUUCCCGGCUGGACCAGACCACAUGUAAGAAUUACGACACUCCGCCGUGGAUGACACCCGGCAGACCUCCGCCAAAAGUGGACGUGGCGCUGGAGUCCGCCAAGGAUAAAACCAACCUCAUCGUCUAUGUCAUCUGCGGGGUCGUGGCCAUUAUGGCACUUAUAGGGAUUUUCACCAAGCUCGGUUUGGAAAAGGCGCACCGUCCAAACAGAGACAAUAUGUCAAGAGCACUUGCACAUGUGAUCCGACAUCCUACUUCAGAAGAUACAGAUGACAUUGGUCUGAGUCAACACUAUGAGAACCUACAAACAAGAUUGGCACUUGACAAUUUCCACAGCAAUCAGAUGAACAAUGUGAUCCAGUCUCCAACUUUGGUAGGUCAGCCAUAUCCAGCAGUGGGACAGAUUACCAGCCCAUAUGAACAACAGACCCCACUCAAGGAUCUCAACAAGUACAACACUCUGAAGGCUGUGGCAGAGAAAGCAAAUGACCACUACCAAAGCAACCGCAGGCAAGCGAUUGAGAUGACAGCCAAGGGUAGCCUUCCAAUGGAAAGUGUGGAUAUGGAGCCAGAGCCUCCAAAUCCUUACAGCCCACCCAGACAGCGUUCUAUGAAGCACAGCGAACACAAGUACAAAAGCCACAGGAGCCACAGCUCCCAGUCACUGUCCCACAUCUCCAACAUAGCAGUCAGCCCAGGGGGACUGAGAUCCUGGCAAAGCAAAGACAUGCUGGGACUCCGACAGAGCUAUGGCCAAAUGAAGCCCGGCAUCACAGAGAAAGAGCUACAUAGCUCCCGCUACAUGCCUCCACAACCUUACUUUGUCACCAACAGUAAGACAGAAGUGACAGUAUGAGUGUCUGCCAUAUUCAGGCUCAAAAUAAGUCCAAAUUAAUAAUAAAGAAAAGCGGGGAUAAAAGAAAUGCUGUAACUGCUGCCAGUGAGUGGGGUUGCAAGGAAACGGCAUGAACUGUACUAAAUGCAUCUGUUUUGGAAGAGGAUAGCAAGAUACCAUCUAUAGCUGAUGUGUACUGUGACAGGGCCCUGAGUAUGUCGUUGAGCCUCAUGGGGGCACUGUAAUCAAAAUGUCGUGUUUGAUGCUCAUAUAAUCUCACUACUAAAGCUGCAGAAAUUACUUAUCACAUUGUUGGGAUGUGAGACACUAAUUACCAUCACAAGUAUCUACUGAGAUAUUCAAGGAGACUGUACUGUAUUUUCUAAUGUGUAGUUGAAAGAUAAUCCAAUCAAAUUGAACUAGCCUGUGGCUGUUUAUUGAUUAAAUGAGUCACCUGAAGGUUAUGUAUUAAAAAAAGACGUAUAAACUAAUCCUAAACUAAGAGUGUGCAGGAUUAUUUUUUUCCCACAUAGCUGUCAUGUUCUAAUUAUGAGCCCUCUGAAGCAUUACCUCAAAUUGAAAUGCAAUUCAUAACUUGCUAAACUAUCACCUCAUGCAGGAAUUGUAGACAUUUAAGGAAAACCUUUGUAAUUCUUGAUUUAAAUAGUGUCACAAACAUUGGAAAACUGGCUUGAAAGGUUUUGUGUUUGUUUGGAGAAUUCCAUGUCUAUCAUAGUGUUCUUAAAAUGUAAAAGACUCAGUCUGUAAAUGUGCUAUUGUUGAUUUAAAUGGCUCAACACACAUUAAAAAGUAUGUUGAAAACUUGU